AGAGGAAAGGCGGGAAAGCGGAACAAUAACGGAGGGUAUCUAAUUUAUGCGGUUCGAGCAGCUCUGCUCUCAUGGGGUCUACCAUUUCUGAGAGGGUUGAGCUUGCCAAGCUCUGCAGCUCUCGGGACUGGUCAAAGGCUAUUCGCAUUCUCGAUUCUCUCCUUUCUCAAUCAUGUGCCAUUCAAGACUUCUGCAAUCGAGCCUUCUGCUACAGCCAACUUGAGCUGCACAAGCACGUGAUCAAGGACUGCGACAAGGCACUUCAACUCGACCCCAAACUUCUUCAAGCAUAUAUCCUCAAGGGUCGUGCCUUAUCAGCUUUGGGAAGGAAGGAUGAGGCUCUUCUCAUUUGGGAGCAAGGUUAUGAAUGUGCUGUUCAUCAAUCUGCAGAAUUGAACCAAUUGCUGGAGCUGGAAGAGCUACUGGCUUGUGCGAAAAAGAAUAAAACUAAUGUUUCUGAAGACCAAGCUCUGAAAGACUCAGGCCCAACCUUGUCAGUUUCUGAUUCAGGGUGUGAAACUCGUAAAUCAAGUGAUACAUCUGAAAUAGACAGCACAAUUUAUAUAUCUGAAAUAGACAGUAAAUCAAGUGAUGCAUGCGAAAUAGAUGGAAAAUCAAGUGAUGCAUCCGAAACACACAGUAAAUCAAGUGCUAAAUCUGAAACACACAGUAAAUCAAGUGAUGCGUCUGAAAUACAUUCUGAAUCAAGAGAAAUAUCUGAAAUACAUAGCAAAUUGGGUGAUGAAUCCAAGAGGUAUCAUAAACUUUUCACUACAGGUAUUUCAAAGAACAAAUCUUUCAGCUUGGAUCUUCGAUUAGCGAGAGGAAUAGCACAGGUCAACGAAGGGAAGUUUGCUUAUGCUGUAUCUAUCUUUGACCAGAUAUUGAAAGAAAAUCCUACUUACCCUGAGGCACUGAUAGGACGGGGAACAGCAUAUGCAUUCCAAGGAGAACUUGAUGCUGCUAUUGCUGACUUUACAAAGGCUAUCGAAUUUGAAUGUAACCCUUCGACUGGAGAGGCAUGGAAGCGGCGGGGGCAGGCUCGAGCUGCCUUGGGAGAACCUGCAGAGGCCAUUGAAGACUUCACCAAAGCAUUAGAGUUUGAGCCAAACUCAUCAGAUACCUUGCAUCAAAGGGGAAUGCUUAAUUUCAAGCUUAAGGAUUAUAAUGCUGCUGUUGAAGAUCUGUCUUCAUGUGUGAAGCUUGAUAAGGAUAACAAAUCUGCAUUCACAGACUUAGGUUUGGCUCUAGCUUCAAUUGGUGAGUACAGAAGGGCUGAGGAGGCACAUUUGAAAUCAAUACAGCUUGAUCAAAAUUUUCUUGAGGGAUGGGCCAAUUUAGUACAGUUUUAUCAAGAUUUGGCAAAUCCAGUGAAGGCUUUGGAAUGCCUUCAACAAGUCUUACAAAUUGAUGUGAGGUUCACCAAAGCAUAUCAUUUGCGUGGGUUACUGCGUCAUGGGAUGGGAGAGCACAGGAAUGCUAUCAAAGAUUUAUCUGUUGGGUUGAGUAUUGAGAGCUCGAACAUUGAGUGUUUGUACCUGCGAGCUUCCUGUUACCAUGCAAUUGGAGAAUAUAGGAAUGCGGUCAAAGACUAUGAUGCUCUUUUGAGUUUGGAUCAAGAAUCCAUGGAAAAAUUUGUGCUUCAAUGUCUGGCGUAUUAUCAGAAAGAAAUUGCUCUGUACACUGCUUCAAAGAUCAAUAUGGAGUUUUGCUGGUUCGAUAUCGAUGGUGAUAUUGAUCCCCUUUUUAAGGAGUACUGGUGCAAAGGGUUGCACCCACAGUAUGUGAGUGACAAGGUUUUCAGGCAACCCCCUCUGCGUAAAUCUUUGAAAAAGAACAGGCAUACGAAGCAAGAUUUUGUUGUUACGAAGCAAAAAGCUACUCUCUUACAAGCUGCAGACUCUCUUGGUGAGAGGAUACAAUAUGAUUGUCCAGGCUUCUUACCUAAUAGGCGUCAGCAUCGUAUGGCGGGAUUAGCUGCUAUUGAAAUUGCCCAAAAGGUCUCAAAGGCUUGGCGUUCUCUGCAAGCAGAAAGGAAACAUUCAAGUAAGAGGGGAUCAAAAAUUGGCAAGACAGUUAGGAGAAAGGAAAAAGCCUAUGUGCUCAGUCAAAACAGAGGGGGUGCUGGUUGUAGUACCAGCAGUUCCUCUGAAACUUCGGCUUCAUAUAGUAUUAGUGAUGACAAAGGUUCAAGCCAUUCUAUGAUGUCUUGGAAAGAUCUUUAUUCCUUGGCUGUUAAGUGGAGGCAGAUAUCAGAACCCUGUGAUCCAGUUGUCUGGGUUAACAAACUAAGUGAAAAUUACAGUACUGGAUUUGGGUCUCACACUCCAAUGGUUCUUGGACAAGCAAGAGUCGUCCGUUACUUUCCAAAUUAUCGAAGAACACUGAGUGUUGCAAAAACAGUGAUCAUGGAAUCAAUGUUUGUAAACAACAAGACUGAUGAUGUUAUCUAUCUAUCCAAAGAUGGGAGGCUACAAAAGAUAAUGCACGCACAGUCCUGUUCUGAUCUUUACGAUGUCGUUGGUGAGGACUUCUGGUUAGCUACUUGGUGUGAAAGCACAGCAUUUGAGGGGAAACGUCUUGAAGGGACAAGGAUCACCCUACAAAAAAUGGGUGAACAUGGAUUUGAAUUUGGGAUUAGAACACCUUGUGCGCCUUCUAGAUGGAAUGAUUAUGAUGCAGAGAUGGCUAUGGCAUGGGAAGCCAUAUCCAGUGCUUAUUGUGGUGAAACAUAUGGAUCAACUGAUUUUGAUAUGCUCGAGAAUGUUCGAGAUGCAAUCCUGAGGAUGACUUAUUACUGGUACAACUUCAUGCCUCUGUCAAGAGGAUCUGCAUCUGUUGGAUUUGUGGUUCUGCUUGGAUUGUUCCUUGCUGCCAAUAUGGAGUUCACGGAGAGCAUCCCACAGGGUUUGCAGGUGGAUUGGGAAGUCAUCCUGACCUCUGACCCAAACUCCUUUGUGGAUUCUAUAAAGCAUUGGUUGUACCCAUCUCUUAAGAUCAAGACUUCCUGGAAAGAGUAUCCAGAUGUACAGUCAACAUUUACAACAACAGGAUCAGCCAUUGCUGCUCUGAGCUCUUAUGAUGACUGAGAUUUUAGAUCCAUGAAGAUAACAUUGGGGGAGAACAUAUGGUUAACCAUUGCUGAAGUUGAUUGAUGAACGUCUUGUUCCUUGGAACUGAGGGAUUGAGAGGCAGGAUGAAUUCUUCAUUCUUUUGCACUAAAUUGGUUCUGAUGUUCUGCAUAUUAUAGGAACAAGCCAUUGGUAUUUGUCCACCCAGGUAAGAAUCCCUCAAGGCCUCAAAGCAGUGGGAUUUUUUCGCCUAGACUAUAGGUCUAUACCCAAUUACGGGCCUAAUUUCAUGCUUAGGCAAGUAAAC